UCCGUUCUUAUUUCAGUUGCUAACCAAAAUGGCCAUGAAAGCUAUUGUCAAAUCUGUGAUCUCCGGUGAUAGUCUUGUGCUGCGUGGACGCCCAGGUCCUCAAGGUCAACCUCCCAAAGAAAGAGUGCUCCAUCUUGCCGAUCUCCAAGCUCCUAGGCUAGGGACUUCGACCAGGGAAGACGAGCCAUGGGCUUUUGAGGCCCGUGAAUUCCUCCGACAACUCGCGGUUGGCAAAGAAAUCACCUUCACAACUAUCCACUCGCUUUCCUCAUCCACCGACGAUGUCCCGAGGGACCUUGGAAGUGGAGAGAUCAAUGGCCAGGACUUGACCACCGAACUGCUCCGUGCUGGCUGGGCCAAGUUGAAGGAGAUCAAGCGCGAGCCCUCCGAAGAGGACCUGAAGAAACGGGAGAUAGAGACUGAAGCUAAGGCUGCCGGACGCGGUAUCUGGAACCCCCAUGGCCAGCAAGCCAGGAAUGUCCACCACAUGAUGCCCACAGAUUCCCCUGCUUUCGUCGCUGAAUGGAAAGGCAAAUCCAUUGACGGUAUUGUUGAACAAGUCCGAGAUGGAAGCACUCUUCGCAUCCGCCUGCUCCUCCCCGACGGUGACCACCAAAUGGUUAACAUCGCAUUGGCCGGAGUCAAGAGUGGACGUACCGCAAGCAAACCAGGAGAGGCUUCUGAGCCAUUCUCAGAAGAGGCCCGUUACUUCACAGAAUCUCGUCUCCUGCAACGACCUGUCAAAGUUCAAAUCCUUUCCUUGCCCAACGCUGCUCCUACGCCUUUCCAACAAUCCGCCAAUAUCACCGCCAACACAUCAGCAAGCGUCUUUAUUGGAAACGUUCUCCACCCCGCUGGUAACAUUGCUGAGCACUUGGUCGCCUCUGGGCUUGCACGUGUCGUCGAUUGGCAUGCCGGUAUGCUCGCUGCCAGUGGAGGCAUGGAGCGCCUCCGUGCUGCUGAAAAGGUGGCCAAAGAGAAGAAACUUGCUCUCUACGCCUCUGCUGGGCCAACCCCGGCUCAAACUGCAAGCAAGCCAGGGGCUGUCUCUAAUGGCCUCUCGCGAGAGUUUGACGGCACGGUCGUCAGAGUUUGGUCGGGUGACCAGGUGUCUGUUCUUGAGAAGGAAACUGGCAAGGAACGUCGACUGCAGCUCAGUUCUGUACGAGGCCCAAAAUUGUCGGAUCCCAGACAGGCAGCCUAUGCCCACGACGCCAGAGAGUUCUUGCGAAAGAAACUCAUCGGCAAACAUGUCAAGGUCCACAUCGACUUUGUUCGUCCUCCCGAAGGCGACUUUGAGGAGCGAGAGUGUGCCACAAUCCGCUACGGUAACCAGGGCGCGAAUAUCGCGGAGCAAAUCAUUGAGAAGGGUCUCGCCAGCGCUGUACGCCACAGGCGGGAUGAUGAAAAUCGUUCACCAGACUACGACAAACUCAUCGCUGCAGAACAAGCGGCUGCAGCCGAACAGCGGGGUAUCCAUUCAGGCAAGGAUCUUCCUGCACCCAGACCACCUUUGAACAUCUCGGAAUCUGCGUCACGAGCUACCCAAUUCUUGAACAACUUCAAGCGAUCGGGUCGCAUUCCUGCCAUCGUCGAUUACGUUGCUGCAGGGUCAAGAUUCAAAAUCCUCUUGCCCAAAGAUAACCAGAAUCUUACCCUGGUCCUGGGAGGUAUCCGUGCUCCCCGUUCGUCUCGCAACCCUUCGGAAAAGGGUGAGCCUUAUGGCAAUGAGGCCAUGGAGUUCUCGACUCGGCGCUACAUGCAGCGAGAUGUAGAGAUUGAGAUUGAAACCGCCGAUAAAUCUGGUGGCUUUAUCGGCGCCUUGUAUUUCAACAAGAACGAGAACGCUGCCGUUACGCUUGUCAAGGAGGGUUUGGCGACCGUCCAUGCCUACUCGGCUGAGGCUCUACCUUGGGCAAAGCAGCUGUUCGAUGCCGAGGAGGAAGCAAAGAAAGCUAGGCGUAAUAUCUGGGCUGACUAUGACGCAGAGGCAGAAGCCGCUCCCGAAGCCACUGAAGAACAGGACAAUACCGGCCCUCUCAAGACUGAAUACAUCGAUAUCAUUAUCAGCGACGUGCGCACGCGAAACAACUUUGGGUUCUCCGUGCAAAUUCUCAACACUGAGGGUAUCGCAUCCUUGGAGAAACUCAUGCGCGACUUCUCGCUCCAUCACCGUUCUCCCAUCGCCAGUCCACCUGGAUUCACGCCCAAGAAUGGUGAUCUGGUGUCAGCCAAGUUCUCCGACGGUGCCUGGUACCGCGCGAAGAUUCGUCGGGCGUCACCCAUCAAGAAAGAGGCAGAAGUCACUUUCAUCGACUAUGGUAACCAAGAUACCGUGAGCUUCUCCAACAUCCGCCCCCUCGAUCCCAAGUUCCGCUCUCUCCCUGGGCAAGCACACGACGCGCGCCUCAGUUUCGUAAAGCUUCCCAAACACGACAGCGAUUACUACACAGAAGCUGUCGAACGAUUCCGGUCGUUGUGUGAAGGCCGAAAACUGAUUGCCAACGUCGACCACAAAGAGGGUUCUACCUUGCAUCUCCGUUUGAUCGACCCAUCCGACCCUGCUGCCGCCGACGACCCCAGCGCGUGCAUCAACGCUGAUCUCGUGGCCGAAGGAUUGGCCUCUAUUGAUCGAAAGGGUUGUAGGUACCUCACGUCGUAUCCUCAGGUCCUCAAAAAGUUGCAAGACUCCGUGCUUACCGCGAAGAGAAGCCGCGCUGGCAUGUUCGAGUUCGGUGACGUUGAAGAGUCCGAUCAGGAGUGA